UCACUUUCAGUUUCUAUGUGACUGGGUGAGCCAGGCAGAAGACGGCAGAAAAAAGCAAAAAGGACUAAGAAGAUUUAUAUGAAAUAAGGAGAGAAGAAAGUUAUCGAGAGAAAGAGUGAAUAGAGGAGGAAUAGUGCUCAACAUAUAACAGAAGACGAAUACAGAGAAAGGAUAACGUUACCCAGACAUUGCUUCUCCUUGGUAUGGCUCUUCUGAAGACUUGUGGGUCUUCUGGAAAUGAGGACUGGAGAUCACCCAUCUACGGUGGCAAAAUAUCACCCACAAUAUCAUAUAACCCUUACAACACUGAACUGACGGUGCCACCUGGAUAUCAGCCUGCAGAAUUUCUUCAUCAUUUGGAGCGAGGCGUGGAUGGUGUAAAACUGGAACCAUGGCAUGGGACCACCACACUGGCGUUCAAGUUCCAUCAUGGAGUGAUUGUGGCCGUGGAUUCAAGAGCGUCAGCCGGAAGUUAUAUCGCUACACUGAAAUGCAAUAAAGUGAUUGAGAUUAACCCUUACUUGCUGGGCACCAUGUCUGGGAGCGCCGCCGACUGCCAGUACUGGGAAAGGCUUCUUGCCAAAGAGUGCAGGUUAUACGAGCUGCGGAAUAACGCCCGGAUCUCCGUGUCGGCCGCCUCUAAGCUCUUCUGCAACAUGAUGCUUGAGUACCGAGGAGCAGGCUUGAGCGUGGGCAGCAUGAUAUGUGGCUGGGAUAAGAAGGGUCCGGGUUUAUAUUACGUUGAUCAAAAUGGGACAAGGUUAUCCGAUAACAUGUUUUCCACGGGAUCAGGAAGUUCCUUUGCGUAUGGCGUCAUGGACAGCGGAUACCGCUAUGAUCUGACCACUGAAGAAGCGUAUGACCUCGGUCGCAGAGCCAUCACUUAUGCUGCACAUCGUGAUAAUUUUUCCGGAGGAGUGGUGAAUAUGUACCACAUGAAAAAGGAUGGGUGGGUGAAGGUCGGGCAGUUUGACGUCAGUGACUCGCUGUACAAUUACAAAGAAGAAAAGGAGCAGUAACUGGAGAGCCUGACAACCCGAGACACAAUUUCUUCUUCAAGGUCUUCAUUUGUCAAUUUUUUGUUAUCACAAAAACCAGGCAAUAAAAUUGCUUGUUUAACAUA